CUGACUCCGCUGUAGUCGCAGCUCUCCUGCAUCAUCUGUAUCCUCCUCCGCAUCCAGCUGCUCUGGAUCAUCCGCUUUGACCGAGACUUUCAAAGCAAUCAUCCCCCAUUGAAUUUAAGACAUCCUGGAAUUUUUCCGCAGUGAUUUUCAGAGAGAGUAGCAGCUUUCGGGUUUAUUUUCUUCACCAUCUUGAAUAAUUAUGAGGCGUGACAGAGACGGUGAUCGUGACAGGAACCUGGAUCGGAACUGUAACAGGGGCCGAGACGUGAAGUCAGGCGAUGACCCCGUCGCCUCGGCUGCAGCCAGUUGGAGUUUUGUGAACCGACCUCCCGUUCAGCAGCAGAUAAACCCCUUCACCAACCUGCCCCACACACCACGCUACCAUGAGAUCCUAAAGAAGCGGCUGCAGCUCCCAGUCUGGGAGUACAAAGACGUCUUUACAGAAAUCCUGAUGCGGAACCAGUCGUUCGUGCUGGUCGGAGAGACGGGCUCUGGAAAAACCACGCAGAUCCCACAGUGGUGUGUAGACAUGGUGCGUUCACUGCAGGGGCCUAGGAGAGCGGUGGCCUGCACCCAGCCCAGGAGGGUGGCGGCAAUGAGCGUCGCCCAGAGGGUGUCAGAUGAGAUGGAUGUCAUGCUGGGUCAAGAGGUGGGCUAUUCCAUCAGGUUUGAGGACUGCAGCUCUGCCAAAACUGUAUUAAAGUACAUGACAGAUGGAAUGUUGCUGCGGGAGGCUAUGAACGAUCCCCUGCUGGAGCGCUAUGGUGUCAUCAUUCUGGACGAGGCCCACGAACGCACAUUAGCCACAGACAUCCUCAUGGGGGUUCUCAAGGAAGUAGUCCGCCAGAGGUCUGACCUCAAGGUCAUCGUCAUGAGUGCGACGCUGGACGCCGGGAAGUUCCAAGUGUACUUUGACAACUGCCCGCUGUUAACCAUCCCUGGACGCACGCACCCCGUGGAGAUUUUUUACACACCGCAGCCCGAGCGAGACUACCUGGAGGCGGCCAUCCGCACCGUGAUCCAGAUCCACAUGUGCGAGGAAGAAGAGGGGGACAUUCUGCUCUUCCUCACUGGACAGGAGGAAAUCGACGAAGCCUGCAAGCGAAUCAAGCGUGAGGUCGACAACCUGGGGCCCCAAGUCGGCGAUAUGAAAAUCAUCCCCCUGUACUCCACCCUACCACCGCAGCAGCAGCAGAGAAUCUUUGAGCCGCCUCCACCAAAUAACCCAAACGGCGCUAUUGGAAGAAAGCUCGUUGUGUCAACAAACAUCGCCGAGACGUCCCUGACCAUCGACGGAGUGGUGUUUGUAAUUGAUCCCGGAUUUGCCAAGCAAAAGGUGUACAACCCACGCAUCAGAGUGGAAUCCCUUUUGGUCACAGCCAUCAGCAAGGCCUCGGCUCAGCAGAGAGCGGGUCGCGCUGGACGAACUCGCCCAGGAAAAUGUUUCCGCUUGUACACAGAGAAAGCUUACAGGACAGAAAUGCAGGACAACACAUAUCCAGAGAUCCUGAGGUCUAAUCUUGGCUCCGUGGUGCUGCAGCUGAAGAAACUGGGCAUUGAUGAUCUUGUGCACUUUGACUUCAUGGACCCUCCAGCCCCGGAGACCCUGAUGCGAGCGCUAGAGCUGCUGAACUACCUGGCAGCGCUCAACGACGACGGUGACCUGACCGAGCUGGGCUCCAUGAUGGCGGAGUUCCCCCUGGACCCACAGCUCGCCAAGAUGGUCAUCGCCAGCUGCGAAUUCAACUGUUCCAAUGAGAUCCUUUCCAUCACCGCCAUGCUGUCAGUCCCACAGUGCUUCGUUCGACCCACGGAGGCCAAAAAGGUGGCUGAUGAUGCCAAGAUGCGCUUUGCCCACAUCGACGGAGACCACAUGACGUUACUCAACGUUUACCACGCCUUUAAGCAGAACCACGAGUCCACCCAGUGGUGCUACGAUAACUUUGUAAACUACCGCUCGCUGAUGUCAGCAGACAACGUUCGGCAGCAGCUGUCAAGGAUCAUGGAUCGCUUCAACCUGCCAAGAAACAGCGCCGAUUUCAACAGCAGAGACUAUUAUCUCAACAUCCGACAAGCACUGGUCACUGGCUUUUUCAUGCAGGUUGCUCACCUUGAGCGCACCGGCCAUUACCUGACGGCAAAGGACAACCAGGUGGUGCAGCUGCACCCCUCCACUGUGCUGGACCACAAACCUGAGUGGGUGCUCUAUAACGAGUUCGUCCUCACCACCAAAAACUACAUCCGUACGUGCACGGACGUCAAGCCGGAGUGGCUGGUGAAAAUUUCCCCGCAGUACUACGAGAUGAGUAACUUCCCUCAGUGUGAAGCAAAAAGACAGUUGGAGCACAUUAUUGCAAAACUCUCAUCCAAGGAAUACACUCAGUUCUAAGAAGGCCUGCGAGUGCUGCGGCAGUACAAAGUGUAAAUAUGAACUCAUUUUAGUGUUCUGUCUUUUUAAUUCCCAUGAAGGACACAGUGUGACUGUUUUUUUUUCCCCCUUCACUGCACCAAAUGCUUUCUCAUGAUUCAUGAACUGUGGGCUAUAUUUACUGGACCUUUUUUAAGCAUCAUUGCAAACAGGCUAAAUAGGUUCAGAAAUAUCUUAUCAGAAAAUGAAAAAUUCUGUCUGAUGCAUGAUACUUGAUGUAAAUUUCAACAUCCCUUUGUUUAUUGCUACUUUAACAGCAUUAAUGUAUUAAGAGUGGCUUUUGAUCAGAUGUAAUUAAACAGCAUUUUGAUGUAAUGUUCAUCUCAUUUCCCGUCAGCUGUUCAGUUUAAUAAAAAAUGCAUUUGUAAUAA